AGUUGCAUGGAGGUGACUUGCGAUCAUUUCCGUACAUGAUUCAGUAUGUUGAAACCGACAAUUGAAACCUGAAUUUUUGCUAUCGAUUGAUUCCAUUUGUUCCUUAUUCCGGUUAUGCCAGGAACUUAAUUAAAAUCGCAGCUGUCAGCUCAAAGACACAGUAAUUUUUGUUCGAUCUAACGCCAUAUAGGUAGUGUACAUACAGCCCGUUGGCGUACCUGACUGCAGCACAGACCUGGUUGGCCUUGAGAAAUCGAAUGGCGGCAGCGGCGUCGUCGUCGUCGUCGUUGCUGGCAUUGCAGCGUCGUCAAAUGCUCAUUCUGGGCACAUGCCUUCCAUAUAGAUUGGACGUCCAUCGUUUUCGUUUCGUGCGAUUGUAGUUGAACCGGCCUGCUAAGUCAGUGUGACCGUGCUCUGUUUACAAUCAGUUGAUUAUGCGAUCGACGGCGUAUUCGCGAGAACGACGCAGUGAUCGUGGUUGCUGGUUGAACAACAACGCGAGUGCUUUAAACACAAGUUCUAUAGUUGAAAUAUGCGCAAAUCUCGCGUUUUGCAAUCGAUCUGCAGGGGAGUGAUUUAGCGCGGGUCGCGUUUGCCGAAGAUGAAUUCGAUCACAAACAGUCGCGGAUUGUAGACCGUUUUUGUUGCUGCGGCUGCUGAGAAACAAAGGCGCGUCUCAACGCUGGUAUGCCGACGAUGCUGAUGAGGCGCGAAUUCAAAUCAGGAAAAUAUGCGUUCUACAUUUCAACGCAGUUUGUGUUUUAGUCGGUGAAUCGUAACCCUACCGAAUAGCUACAGACAAACGCGAGUGGAUACCGUCGUGAUAAGAUAAGGAUGCCCUGUUAUCAGCGACAGAAGUUUCUGCUCGAUCCAGGUAUAAUGCAACUGGCAAACUCGGGUCGCUCAUUUCGACAGUGGAUAUUACUGGAACUGGGUGAGAUUAAUUAGUGCACCUGUGCUGCUGUGAGUGGUGUUGCGAGUGAAUCAUUGUCGUGCCAAAUCAAAUCGAUUGUAAGGAAUUGUUCCAACAAUUGCCGUCUUAUUAGUGCAUUACGAACAAAACUAGCGAUUAAGUGAAAAACCUGUCUUAGAAUCUGUGAUGACCAAGUAGCUGUACCGCGCAACGAUGAAAAUCCUCAGCAGCGGUGUGUUUGUCCUAGUGAUUUGCACCGGAUUAGUCCUGGCCGUGGAAGAAGACCAGAGCAAAAAGAACACCACCAACUCCACCGCGGAUGAUAACAAACCAGCCAAAGACGUUCCCCAGGAUGACAGCAAUAAAAAGCAACCGAAUGCUCUCUGCAACCCGUGCAACUGUGACGCUCCCCAGAAGACGUUCAACUGUUCCUCCGCCAAGCUGUACAAGCUGUUCAACAUGAGCGAUUGGGCGAGUCUGAAUGAGAGUGGCAUAGCAACAGAAAUCAUGCUACUAGAUCAUAACGGACUAACUGAAGUGUCGCAGUUCCCAGUAUUCGACGUUAAAGUACUGGAUCUGAGUCACAACAACAUUUCCGUCAUCGUCAAAAAAGCAUUCUUCAAUCUGAACAAUCUGGAGGUUCUGGACCUAUCGAACAAUAUGCUAACCUCUAAAAGUCUUGUUCCGGAUAUAUUCGAGGGUAGCUACAAUCCGGACGAGUACCUGCCGAUGGAGAAAUUGAAAGUGCUUCGACUUGGUUACAACCAGUUGCAUUCGCUAGAUCAGGACCUCUUCGAGCAUCUACCGAACCUGGAGGAACUGAGCCUAGUGAACAACGUGUUUAAAGUGAUUGACCAGCUCAGUGAAACGGCCAUUGCUAGCGUGAAAACGUUGCGUUCACUCGAUUUGAGCUACAUGGAACUGAAUGACAUUCCGGUGUACAUCUUCAAUGCCCCGCAAGGGUUGCAGUAUCUGAACUUGACCGGUAAUUUGUUGACGACGAUUCCGCAGGCACUGGACUAUGCGACGAAUCUGAAGUGGCUCAGUUUGGAUGAAAAUCCGAUCGAUAACCUUCAGGGUGAUCACGUCUUCCCAUCGCUUAAAUUUCUCGAGUAUCUCAGUCUAUCGUACAUAACACCGCUGAAGAUAAUCGGACGGGGAGCAUUCAGCAAGUUGGAAGCCCUGAACGAGAUUCACAUUUGCAACAAUCCCGAGUUUACCUAUUUCCACUCCGAUGCCUUCGUUCGGGAAGAUCCGGAUGAUCCGGCACGGAAGGAUUGGCCCCGCGUUAAGAAGCUUUACCUGCACAACAACAAUCUAAGCUCGUUGGACUCUCAGAUGUUGGCCCGGUGGGACGAUAUGGAGGUGGUUGAUAUCCGGGUGAAUCCGUGGAACUGCGAAUGUCAUAAUCAGUGGAUCGUGGAGACGUUGUUGCCGCUGAUCGAAAAAACUACACCAAAUAUUUUGAACAAUGUUGUUUGUGCCACACCCAAACAGAUGGCUGGUCUGUCGAUGGUCGAACUGGAACACAAGCACAGUCAGAUGCGUUGUGUGGACAAGUACGGUAAUAAUCCGCAGAACGACGGGGCACUUUUGAUCGGCCUGUUGAUCGGAGUUCUGGUCGGAAUUCCGCUGACAGCGGCUGUGAUCCUGAUCUACAGACGAGGCUGCUUCGGGCUGGUUCACCGGGGACCGGCCGAUUUCUCGCGGGCUUUCUACAGCCGAGCGACGAAUGAUGAUUUCUAAAAUGUGCCAAUCAGUGAGCAAGAUUUUUGUUUAGGUUAGAUGACAGGUUUUUCCUUCGUGUUUCAGUAGGUGGUCUACCUACCGUUAGUCGCGGUUGCAGUUGAGUUUAAGUUGAAAUUGACUUACUAUAGUAGUUAAGGAUUGUAUAUUUCUCUACCACUAAAGUGUAAAGAAGUA